AUGAGUGACGUGGACGCAGGUGCUGAUAUAAAGUUUUUAACACUUAAUACCUGGGGGCUGAAGUAUGUCUCAAAGUUUAGAAAGGAACGACUGCGGGAAAUUGCAAACAAACUAGCCGGGAGAUCCAUGGCCCUACCGCUCCACGGUCUGGAGGAAGAUUCAGGCUCUGAUGAUUACGAUGUUGUGGCACUUCAAGAAAUAUGGUGCAAAUCGGACUGGGAAUACAUAGAGGAGACCUGCCGCCACCGGUACCCCUACCGCCGAAUUUUCUACUCAGGCAUCAUCGCAGGACCAGGGCUUGCUAUACUAUCGAAAAUACCAAUUGAGUCUACGUUCCUAUACCGUUUUCCCAUCAAUGGGCGCCCCAGCGCGUUUUUCCGCGGAGACUGGUAUGUUGGGAAAUCCGUGUCUGUCACCUUGCUUAAGCCCACAUCUAGUUCUAGUAAUGCGCUGGCUAUAUUGAAUAGCCAUAUGCAUGCACCCUACGCGCAAUCUGGUGAUGCGGCUUAUUACUGCCACCGUUCAUGCCAAGCAUGGGACAUGAGCCAGAUGGCAAACUUAUACAAAAAGGCCGGCUAUGCUGUGGUGAUUGUUGGAGACCUUAAUUCCAAACCUGGCACACUGCCUCAUAAGUUUCUAACCAAGGAAACGGGGUUCGUAGAUUCAUGGGAGCAACUGCAUGGAAAGCAGGACCUGGUUCGCAUCUCGAAGCUUGACCCAUUGCUUCAGAUAAAGCAAGGCGGAACCACUUGUGACUCCAUUCUGAAUACAUGGCGCUCGAUGCGCCGUCCGGACGAGGCUUGCAGGCUUGACUACGCGCUGGUUGAUCCUUCGAGGCUACAAACACUCGAGGCGUGCGUUCGGUUUACCGAGCGCAUUCCAGAGAUCGGGAGUUUUUCUGACCACUUCGCUUACAACUGCAAACUGCGCCUUCUGCCCAGGAAUGCCGCUGCUGCUGGGGGCUCUAAGGAGACUCGGGAGAGAAUACUUGAAAAGAUGAACAUAUACGACGAAAUGCUUCAAGUCAUCGAGAACUACAAGCGCGUGUCCCGCUGGCAAAAACUCUGGAGAAGCGCGCAUUUCUGGAUAGCAGUGUUUUGCAUUGUAGUAGUCCACGUCGUAAUCACGUUUACUUCCAACCGCGCCGGCUGGUCAUCUGUGUUCUGGGCUUUCUUCCUUACCGUGACUACAGCCUCCGGCCUUAUCGACGGCCUGAUCUCGUUUUUGUUUGGUAGAAGUGAGCUAAGGGCACUAGAAGAAGUUUCGACAGAAGUGCGAGACGCGAAGCUCAACGCUCAUAGAGCGUUGGAUGGCAAGGUCUGA